ACGGAGCACGGAUCACCGUGAAACGGGAAAAUGGAUUGUGUCUACCAGGUAAUAACUAAAUGACACCCUAAGCGUUUACAGGAUGAGAUCAAUUCCACACAAAAAUAAAAAGUCAUCAUUUCUCUAUAGAAAGUUGGAUGAAGACAAUUCUGAGAUUAAAACCACCUCAUUUGAUGCAGUGAUGGUAUGCAAUGGUCACUACUGGCACCAGGUGUGGCCGAAUAUUCCAGGGAUGGAAAAAUUUAAAGGGAUGAAGGUACACAGCGGGGAUUACCGGACAUUUCAUCCAUACAGUGGAAAGAGAGUUGUUAUUGUCGGGUGUAGUAACUCUGCUGUGGACAUUGCAGUUGAACUAAGUCAUGAUCAUGCCAAACAAGUGUACAUCAGCACAAGAAGUGGCUGUUAUGCUGUGACACGUCUCGGUUCUGGAGGGCGACCUGUUGACUUUUCUAUCUCCAGAGUCACUUCUUUUCUUCCAAUGCAACAUUUGGCAAAACUAUCACCAGCAUUGCUAAACAACAAAGUCAAUUUCAAAAACUUUGGCCUUUAUCCAACUGGCAUCCUCGGUGUAACUAAAUUUCCUGUUUGCACAGACAAACUUGUCCAUCGUAUCAUUACUGGGAGUAUAAUAGUCAAAGGGGAUAUCAAAGAGAUAGCCGAGGAUUCAGUCAUUCUCCACGGGGGUGAAAGUUUAGAAAAAAUUGAUGCCUUGGUCUUGGCCACUGGUUUUAAACCAAUUUAUCCAUUUGCAAAGGACAUUAUUGAAGUAAAAGAGGAAUUUUACACUAGUUUAUAUAAGCAUGUGUUUUUGCCAGACGAUGACUGGCAUACUCUAGCUGUCAUAGGAGCUAUGGUGGUGAAUGGCCCUGUCGCCCCUGUCAGUGAAAUGCAGGCAAGAGUUGCUGUAGAGGUUUUCGCCAAUAGAUGCAAGUUACCGAGCAAGGAAGAUAUGGAAACUGAGAUUGCGAACAGGGAACGCACAUGGUCAAAAUCGGGGGUAACCAAAUACAACUUCAUGCGGGUUCAAUAUGUCCCAUACAUGAAUGAACUUGGUGAAAUGAUUGGUGCAAAGCCAAACUUGUGGUCAAUAUUCAAAAAUGACCCCAAACUGGCCUAUCAAUGUAUCUUUGGUACAACUAUCGCGGCCCAGUAUCGAUUGCAAGGACCAAACGUUUGGCCAGGUGCUAGGAACCACAUCAUGUCAUUUAGGGAACAGUAUCUGUAUCCAUUACGUACCAGAAAAUGUCCACCACCAGAAGAAAAAAGAAAUUAUGGUAUUCUUAUAUUUAUCUUUGUGAUGGGUCUUGCAAUAGUUAUUUUAUUGUUGAAGACAUGAGAUAGUAAUUACAAUUAUGAAAGUAUGUCAAACAUACUAGGUCAUGAAUAGUAAUUGUUCCAAACAAGCCAACUUUGUAAAUAUACUGGGUUAUGCUUUUCAAUGACAAGUUUAUAAUUUUACAUAUUAUAAUUAGCUUUCAGAACUGCUUCUGAUAGAUCAUAUUUUGAUGAAUUUGACAUUACCAAAUUACCAGAGGAAUUUAGGUUUCAUCUGGGAAUUGAAAACUUGUUUUGUAAUAAGUUUGAGACAAAUAAUAUUGAUUAUGUUGAAUAAUGUUUUAAU